AUGGUUGGAAUUUUCCUCUCGAUAUGGGUUUGUCGGAGUUUGCGCCGGCAUAUGCAUCAUCUCAAGGUGUCCACUGUUGGUGUCGGCGUCUUGGGCUACAUUGGUAACAAGGGAUCUGUAUCAGUCAGCAUGUCCAUAUAUCAAACACUGUUUUGUUUCAUAUGCACUCACCUGACAGCAGCAGAAAAAGACGGAGAUGAACACAAAAGAAAUGCUGAUGUGCAUGAAAUACUAAAACGAACUCAUUUUCAUUCUUCAAUUGGACUUCCCAAAGUCAUUCAUGAUCACGAAAGAAUAAUUUGGUUGGGUGAUCUGAACUACCGUAUCAAGUUACCGCAUGACAAAGCACGGGAGCUCAUCUCCAAGGAGGACUGGUCCGAGUUAAUCAAGCAUGAUCAGCUUGUCCGAGAGCUGCAGAAAGGUCGAACAUUCGACGGAUGGUCGGAGGGUGCUCUAAAUUUUGCUCCGACAUACAAAUGGGUAAAUGCGGAGAACUACUAUGGAGAAGAUCCUAAGACAGGGAGGCGAACUCCAUCAUGGUGUGGCCGCAUUCUUUCGAACGGUAAAGGAAUGAGGCAAGUGAGUUAUCGGCGGACAGAGUUUAGACUUUCCGAUCAUCUCCCUGUUACCGCCGUAUAUAUGGCUGAGGUUGAGGUAUUCUGUCCGAGGAAACUACAGCGUGCUCUUACGUAUACCGAUGCUGAAAUCCAGAACGAGGAAGUUUCCGAGGAGGGUAUCAGUUCAGGUGAGUGA